ACAACCACGAUCAGCUACCUGGUUGAGAAAAAGGGAUUUUACCCCAACAGUGCUGACAAACAAUUACUUGCAAGAGCCAUCGUUACACUGUUUCCAGCGCUACAAAUAAAAAUGGAAGAGGAAAACGAAGGAUAUGAACAUUUCUACGAUCCUGUAAGCCACUCUGGCUUUCUGGAAGACAAACUAAGAAAUAUCCGGCGGAGUCUGAGGGAUGACCAGCGGCGUUACCGCAGACGGGGAGGAUCAUCUGAAGUCUUGGUUAGACUGGAGGAAGUUGUGGAAAGCGAUGAGUCUGUGAAAGAAUGGAUCACUGUAAUUAAGAGGAUGAAGCCUACUCCCGAAAAUCGGUCAUCGAUAAAGAUGGGAAUGGACAAAACCUACACACACCGAAGAUACUGGAUUUCUAGUCAAUCACCCACUCUGGCAGAGAUUGUGGAACACUACCCACGCUUCAUCGACAUGCCCUAUCUGAUUGACAGCGAGUUCGCGAGGAUGUUUCCAGACAAAGCAGAUGCCUUCCUCCGCAAAUGGGAACCCACCAUCGUCCCAAAGCUUCUGAAACUCGCGUGCCUUGAGAAGAAAGAAGACUACACAGAGGAUGAGAGUGCUGAAUCAAGUAGCUUCAGAGCCCUCAGGAUGCUCGUCCAGUAUCUCCCCCCUACUGCAUCAGGACGGAGUAAAGGGUGGACCAAAUGCAGUGUAAAGGCGGCAAUGGCCUACAUGUUGGAGAUAAAGCCAAUUUGGCUCAAAACAGACCUGAAGCGUGUGGUGAACAGGGAGAAAACAGAAGGGAAGAAGAGACAGCUGGAUAGAUGGAGACUAUAA